GAAGCUGGGGUGGCCAGGAGCACGUGGAAAGAUCGUGGCUUUGCCAAGGAGUUAAGUAUCACCGUGCAGCACAGCCCCACGUGGGCUAAGUCGCUUCCAAUCUGAGCUGCUUUUCAAACCAUGUGUGGAAUUCAGGAUUUAAGCAGCCAAAGGAUCAGCAUCCCUUUUUUCUCCCACUUUUGCAUGGUUGUUUUUCCCAGGGGACACCCUGAAUGCGUCAGUCACUGAUGGCACAACUUGCCCUGUGAUUGUGGCCCCUUUCCCUGCCCUUGCUGUGUCGGGAUGGAAGGUCAGCCGUGGAGCUGGGCAGGAAAACAAGGCAGGAGCCAGCUGGAGAGGGGUGUCAGUGCCAGGCAGCUUUUGUCUGGAGCCCGAGGGAUGGAGCAAAGCUGGCUCCAGGGUGUCAGGACCAAAGUCCUCCCUGUGCAUGGCAAACUCAGCCCCUCUGCCACCAUGGUGGGUCUGAAGCCCCCCGAGGUGCCCCCGACGGCCGCCAUGAAGUUCGUCAGCGCGGGGAUGGCCGGCUGCAUCGCUGACCUGUGCACCUUCCCCCUGGACACCGCCAAAGUGCGGCUGCAGAGCUGGUGGCACCUGGGGAGGAGCAGGAGGUGGGGUGAUACAGUUGGCACCCCACAGAUCCAGGGCGAGGUGAGGAUCCCCCGGACCAUCAGCUCCGUGGAGUACCGGGGUGUUUUGGGCACGCUGAGCACCAUGGUGAGGACGGAGGGAGCCCGCAGCCUCUACAGCGGGCUGGCAGCCGGGCUGCAGCGCCAGAUGAGCUUCGCCUCCAUCCGCAUCGGGCUGUACGACUCCGUGAAGCAGCUCUACACCCCCAAGGGUGCUGAGAACACAGGCAUGGCCACGCGACUUCUGGCUGGCUGCACCACGGGGGCUGUGGCCGUGGCCUGCGCCCAGCCCACCGACGUGGUCAAGGUCCGGUUCCAGGCCAGCGGGGCCCUGUCGGACAGUGCCCGCCGGUACAGCGGCACUGUGGAUGCCUAUCGCACCAUCGCCAGGGAGGAGGGGGUCCGCGGGCUCUGGAGAGGGACGCUGCCCAACAUCGCCCGCAACGCCAUCAUCAACUGCGGGGAGCUCGUCACCUACGACCUCCUCAAGGACGCGCUGCUGCGGGCACAGCUCAUGACAGACAACAUCCCAUGCCACUUCGUGGCCGCCUUUGGCGCCGGGUUCUGUGCCACAGUGGUGGCAUCGCCGGUGGACGUGGUGAAGACGCGGUACAUGAACGCCAGCCCCGGGCAGUACCGCAACGCCCUGAGCUGCCUCCUGGCCCUGCUCAUGCAGGAGGGCCCCGCCGGCCUCUACAAGGGCUUCGUCCCGUCCUUCCUGCGGCUGGGAUCCUGGAACGUGGUGAUGUUUGUGUCGUACGAGCAGCUGCAGCGCACCAUGGUGCUGGCACGGCCGGCCCUGGCCUGAGCCCCUCGGCGCCUCUCGCUGGCCCAGCGAGGCUCAGCAUCAAUUAUAUUAAUUGCCGGAGCGCCGGGGAGCAGGGAAGCCACACGCUCGGGGAGGGACCGGAGAGACGGAAGGAGAAAGGAUGCUGUUUGAGGAGAAACUUGGGAGAACAGAGAAGAGUUUUGAGGGACGAAGGAAAAAAUGUUUUUUGGCUUUCCAGCCGGGAAGAACAGCGCUUUCCCAAGGGCAGUGGUGUGGGCAGGCGGGACCAAACUGAUGGCCAGGGAAUUCCCGUUAUUCCUUACUGGCGCUUCCAAUAAACCGCCCCUAUGGGGUCUGAUCACA